AUGUAUCAACAAGGACCAACACAAGGCAUGAUAAACAAUACCUCCGUGUUGACAGGAACAGGUGGUCUAUUUAGUCAGACCCAGGCAGGGGGUCUGGGUAGCACGACUGUUCAACAAACUGGACUAGCCUCAGGUAAUGGAAAAGGGCCAGGAACUGGAAAUCAAAAUGCUAACAACGUACAAACUGCUGCAGGUGGUUUAGGAUCAACAACAAUUCAGCAAAUAGGUACAGGUAGUCUUGGGACACAGGGUACAAUAACUGGAAACGGAAAUGUUGUAUCAACGCAAAAUUCUCAGACGGCGGGAGGAAGUCUUGGUUCUACCAGUGUUAUUCAGACAGGAGCUGGUUCCCUUGGAACAAAUACCAUUACACAGACCGCCAAUGGAAACAUUGGCGGAAAUACAGCUACCCAAACAAAUACUGGUGUUCUAGGGUCAAACACAGUAUCACAGACAGCUGCUGGUUCUCUCGGCUCUUUAACGGGUAUUGGGUCUUUGGGAUCGAAUACAGUAUCACAAACUGCAACAGGUGGUCUUGGAUCUACCAGUGUUGGUCAGACAGGUAGUGGAUCCACUGGUUCAAAUGUUAUUGCGCAGACAAAUGCUGGAGGCCUUGGAUCUAAUACUGUAGCACAAUCAGCGGCAGGCAGUCUCGGAUCUACAAGUGUUGGCAAAAUUGGAAGCGGAUCCUUAGGUUCAAAUACAGUAGCUCAAACAAAUAGCGGAGGUCUAGGUUCUAAUACGGUAUCUCAGACUGCAACAGGUAGCCUUGGAUCCAAUUCCGCUACACAAACUAAUGCUGGAGGAUUAGGAUCUAAAACGGUGCAGCAAACAAAUACUGGAGCCCUUGGAUAUACUUCUGUUUCUCAAACUAGCAAUGGAUCAUUAGGAUCCAAUUCCGUAGCACAAACAGGUGUAGGAAGCUUAGGGACAAAAAUUAUUCAGCAAACUAAUGGAGGGUCGAUUGGGUCAAAUACAGUUACUCAGACCGGAGUCGGAAGUCUUGGAAAUAGUGGUUCUGUUGCUCAGACAGCAGCUGGAUCCUUAGGUUCAAACAGUGUUAAACAGACAUCAACUGGAAGUUUGGGAGUAAAUAAUGGAUAA